ACUUCCGGUAAUAAAUCUUUGCAAGGUGUUCACCUGCAUUCACAGCUUGUGUGCCAGUGUGCCUUUUCUUAGUAUCAGAUUUGAGGUUGCCGGUUACCUCUAUCACUGUGCACCAAGGAAAUUGGAAUUAUCUACACAGAACAGGUGUGCGUGAGCUACUACUACUUUGUACUGAUCGUUCGGCUACAAGCUCUCAGCACCCUGCUACUAUACCGCUAUGUCAUUUGCGGACAUUGCCGCAACUACGGAUCGUCGGGCUGACACUUUUUGCUUCUCUGAGGCUGAGAGAAAGAAAAUCCUCAACGCUACACAGAGCCUGCCUACAUCUACUACAUUAAGUGGGACAGAAAUUCUCCGUAAAUUGGAAAACCUUAAACGCAGGGAAAUAUCAUGGGCAUUGCAUAUGUCCUCCCUUGCCGAAUAUGCCAAAGCUCAACGGAUCCCACGAGGACUGCGGGUCAUGCUACAACCUGCACUUUUCAAGGACAACCAGGAGUUUCUGCAGAAGUGGCAAGGAAUACUGAAUCGCUGCAGUUUGGACCUGAUAACCCUUACCAUACAACAGUUGCAGACAGGAACGAAAGAGUUAAAGCAGCAACUACAUACCAUGGAGGAAGAAUAUCGCAACAGCGCAGAAUCCAAUGCCAUGAUGCUGAGAGAGUUGGAAGUAAAGAUGGAGCGGUUACAGCGCGACAUCCUGGAGGUAAAGCUUCGCAAAUUCAGAAGAGACACCAUCGAUUACAGCAAGGGGGAGGUCUAUUCCUGGAAAGAUUACAGGCGCACUACGCGAAGAUACCGCACCUCAUCUGCGAUCUCAACAGACAGAGCAUCCGAACAAUCGCUGGAACUGUCACAGUCAUCGCCAGCUGGAUCACAGCACUCUGCGGUCUCUUUUUUAGGAGGAGGUCGGCGCACACAAAACGCAAAACCAGGAGGGGAAGAAAGGCACGAGACAGCGUCCCAACAAACCACGCGGAAGAAAACGAACCGCAGAUAAGAAAACUAUGUGCAAAUUUCCUGAUGCAGGGACAGGUAUUCUUCUAUUUUUUCCUUCAGACAGGGUAAGAAUUUAUAGUUACAUUUUGUAACCAUUUUUAUGUCCAUGUUUGUUUUUUAGGUACUGCAACACUGUUGAAAUAUUUUCUUGCUACAUUAGAAAAUUGGGCUUAUAAGGUUUCCCACUGGACUUUGAACUUUUAUUAUACGGGAAAUGAACCAAAGCCUUGGGUUAAUUUCUUUUUCAUUUUUUUCUUUUUCAUUAUUCGUUUCAGAGAACUAUAAGACUUUUUUUAUAUGCUUUUUCAUUGUAUUUGCAUCACAGUAACUAAAUGCUAUUAGCUAAUUGCUGUUUAAACAAUUGUUUAAUUUCACUAAUUGAUUGCACCUGUCAAUUAACUGAUUGAAUCACCUAUAAAUGUACCACCUUACACAGAUCCUGUAUGCUUGACAAAGGGGCUUGCCCCGAAA